AUGGACGAGAUGAGGCCCAACGGCACGUCGCGGCACCUCGGUCAUGGUGGCCACCAUGUCGAACCCCGUGUAGGACCAGUACACGAUGGCCGCAGCGUGGAAGGCGCCAGCAGAGCCGAAGGGGAAGAAGACGGCGCGAGGUUGGCAAGCUCGAAGUGCGUGAACCCCGCGGCCCGCACGAACGCGAUGAUGGCGAUGCCGACCACGAAUGCUAUCGAGUUGAUGAAGCGGAAGGGCCACGAGGGCGGUGGCGAUGGGGACGAGCCCGGCCGUGAAGGGGGAAAGCGGGCUAGGGCAUCCAUAGAUCCGCCUCCGCCCAAGGAGGAGAGGCCUAGGCGGGAGCGCCGGAGGUUUGAGGAUGUCGAUGCGAUUGGGAAGAAUGGUGAUGUGAGUAAGUUGGGUAAGGAAAUCUCAUCUCAUGAGCAGAAGAAGGGGGAGCUAUCAAUUAACGGGGAUUCACAGAAUGGUGAUGCGCGUAAUAUCACCGCCGAGAGCCUGUUCAAGAACCUCACCCAGGAGAAGGCACUGAUGUUUCCCCAGAAUGAUGAAUUGAGUAGUAUAUAUUCUUCCAUGGAGGCCCUUGCAAGAUGGCAGCUUCCGAAUGAACAACCUAACUACUUGGCGUCAACAGCCAAUGAAAGGUGGCGAGAUAGGACCCCACCUCCCGUGGACCCUGAGAAGUUGAAAGCCGUAGAUGACGUGAAAACCAAAGGAAAAGAUGCACUGCAGCCACGAGCUGAUAUGAUUAAAGAACAAAUAGCUCCAUUGAGAAGCUGGGCUGAAGAAAUGUCCCGAAAAUGGCAUUUCGAAGGCAAUAAAGAAGCGAAGGAGAAGUCUGUCAUCAUUAGAGAGCUUUCAAGAGCUCUGGGCUCCAGGACUACCCCUAGUUGA